CAUCUAGAAGUGGAAGUGAAAGGGUUCUUAUAUAUUUGUCCAUUAUUUUCUUUUGUUUAGUUUUGGGACGUACUGGAUAGAAGCCUCUCUUUGAAACAAACGCCAUCCACGUUAUCCGAAGACUCUUCCAGGAACAUCUCGGGGAACCUCAGGAGAGAAAGAACGUCCGUCAUCAAUGGCCAUGAAGCCGGGAAGAAUCGUGGUGAUGAUGUUGGCUGUGCAUUUUCUUUUCUUGCCUUCAGGACUUUCAGCCAGUCUGAUUUUUCCCUCCUCUCACCAAAUAUCAAUCGGGUCUUUGUUGAACAGAAGGGACCAUGUACCAAUCAACGAAGAAUGAGCCUGCUACUAUCCCACUUCCUGAGUGUGAUCUUGUUAAGAUCGAGUCCAGAAUUUCAUGUUGGGACGACUAUCCUCAAAUUGAAUUGCAAGUCACAUGGAAUAACUAUACUUUGAAUGCGUCCAGCCUCUUCCACUGUUUCUGUAGACGUGAUCAUCCAAUAUUUCAUCGAAGAUAUUCUAGGGUUCCAUUGAUUCAAAUUGAAAUUUCAAGAGAAACACUUCAAGCUUCACGGUAUUGCGACGUGAUGAUUCGAGAUCCAGAGUCCCGGACUCUUAAAGGACGCACCUUGAUUAUUUCAAGCGAUGAAAUGCUGGAAUGGGAUCUUUAUAUCCGUGGUAACUGCAACAUAUUUUACCAGAAAGCCCAGACGUGGAAAACUGCAACUUUUGCGACAGGAGCUGUGGCCAUCCUCUUUCUUGCGGUGACGAUCUCUUUGGCUGUCUAUAUUCUCCUCAAGAAGCGAAAUACCAGGAGCUUAAAAGGCCAAACACAUCUAGAAAUGCAAAAUAACCACGAAAUGUUCGACCUCGGAAGGUCCAAUGCCACAUACUUAGAGAAAGAGGAAGCUAUUUAUGACAUUCCUGAAGGUUUCAUGGGCACUGUGGAGAGCACAACAAACAUGUACAGGAACAACCAGGCCUUGGAGACGAACCAGCAAAGCCCCAUAGUGGACAGCGAGAUGUAUCUGAUCCCGCAAUGCAUGCAAAAAGGUACAGAGACCGUUUAUGAAAAUGUCGCAGACCGCAGGCAGAACAACGACAAUUUAUAUGAAAACCUCCCAGUCGUAAGAUCCUAAAAAAUAUCGAAAUGAGUAGAGGGUCUUGCCUGUCAAAUCAACACCAGUAUGUUUCCUGGGAGAGUUUGUUUUUCUUUCUGCAGCAAUGAUAGUAUUUUGGAAGUAUUAUGCUAUUCCCGUGGAGUCUUAGGCUUUAUGUAUGUGACACUGCUAUGUCAGAGAGUUGUGAGUGACUUUUUCGACAGUUUGUUUAGGCGAGACCUCCCUUUGCUUCGUUUUUCGUGCUCGGCUCACGUGAGACUGUGACUUGCAUGUCAAGAUAAACUGUUGUGACCUAUAGUAGUAAUAGUAGAAGCAGUUGCUGUAUUCAUUUAUAUUAUUAUCUUUUAAAAGGAAGAAGACCAAUCGUUACCAACUACGUGCAAAUAAGAAGAAUCAGGUGAGCACCUUGGCAUGGAGAAAACAACUGUUUCGAGAUGAUGUAAAUACUUUUGAACUUUUAGGUAUUCACUCCAGUAUUUCAGUACAAGAAAUCUGGCAACAUUGCAGAUUAUCAAUAUCGAUGUAUUUCUUUCUCCGGCUCCGCUGUGCAUACAAGCAUUCUUUAAACUAUGACACUGCAAGCUCUUCUCCAUUCAAGAGGUCAUCAUGAGUGUGGGAAAUAUUCCUUAUAAUAAUCCUAAUCCUUAUAUUAUUUGUCUGUUUCUGUUGUUUAGAAAAUGAGAUAUAUAUUUAUUUUUUUAUCAUGUUCUUAACGGCCGUUACAGGUAUAAUAACAUGCGGUGAUAGUUGAACGAGGAUGCUAGGCUGUGCUUGCCCCUCUCUGUAUGUAUGUAUGUUUGUAUUAACGCACGAUCAUGAAUUAGUUCAUUAUAUUUAACCAUUGUGUUGAUACUCGUGUUUUCUUUUGAAUGUAUCUUUUUGUAACUAAUUAUAAGAUUUUGCGUUGAUAUGAAUCUCAUAAGGAAGUUCUGUAUUCAGCAUUUAUGUUACAACUGGCCUCCUUACCCUCUAAAUUCUGAGUGUAGAAUGCGACCAAACUGGCCAAGAGCCACCAUGAGAGCAAUAACUCAUGCUGGCAUAUGACCAGCUUAAUGUACGUCUAUAUUGCAUGACAUAAUAAGGGUGAAAGAACCACAUCUACUCGAGAAUGACACUCAACAUAAUUUUAUCUGAUUUUGCUAUGUUCUAGUACGUAGUAUCUGUGGUGCGGUUAACACCGAAAAGAUGGUUUUACAGAAAGGCGAGGUCUUUUGACAUAACGUCAGUAGACGUUUCAGUAACGCAGUAUGAUUACUGUUUUAGUUAUGAUAAUUCAUUUGUCCAUAUAUAAAUGAAAUUGCUCUUGGUGAAUGUAUUGCGCAUAUCACGUAUGGUAAGAGUUGAAGGUAUUAUUGGGUCUUGUUUGGGCCUCUCGCCAGAGGAGCCAUUAGGAGAGGUCAAGAGAUAGGGAGGGGAAAGGAAGGGUAGUAUAGUUCGCCCCUCUGAUCGCUCCUUUGCGUGCCCCUCUGUGGAUGUGUAUGUGUGUGCGUAGUACACUGGAUGGGCGUGAUAUCGCCCAAAAUUGUAUUGACCCACACCACCAAUUAGUUCACUGCAUUUAAUAAAUAUGUUGAAGUUGCACACUAUUAUAUUUGGAAUUUAUUCUUGAUAAUGAACUUGAUAAUUAUUGUAAAGUUUUUUAUGUUCAUGAAAACCUUGCAAGUCAGUUCUACAUUCGUGGUAAUUGUAUAACUUGUCUCUUUUCCCCAACAAAACCCGAAUGCAGGACGGGAUGAAUAGCUUCUUGGCUCAACUUUGAGGUGACCUGUCAUCUAGUGUUGUGUAGUGAUGUGUGUGUGGAUUUAGAAAGGGCGAUUGCCCUGAUUCUUUGAAUUUUGUCGUAAUUUGUUUCAUUUGAGUGCCAUUGAUUUAUAAUUCUCCUUGAGUGAUUAAUUUCAUUUGUCACUUAUGUUAUUACUCUUUGAUAUGUUUAACCUUUAGUUAUUAAAUUAAUUUCAACUUUACAUAAUAUUAUAUCAAAUGUGUUCCAAUAUCCCUCCAUUUUAUUUCAUUUUUCCUAUGUUUCAGUUUUAUGGAUUGUGAAUAUAAAUUGAUCUGAUAAACUUUUACUGUGUUCAUACUUAAGGUUACGCAGAUAACUUGUAGAAACGAGAUAACACAGCGGUCCUCUAAGAUCUGAAAAUCAACCCGUGAGUACUCGCAACAUUUUGGGAGAGAGAGAGAGAGACCUUACCUUACAGACCUUACAGUUCGUUCGGGUUGCCCCAGGUCCCUCAGUGUGAGGCGCCUCUAAUGUCUACCAGAGAGUUGCUAGUACAUCUUCCGGUAUAUUUUGCAUCUUCCAAUCUUGGAUGGUCUGGGAUGCAGUUUAGAUAUUUGUCGAGCUUAUUCUUAAACACAUCUACGCUCACUCCUGAUAUAUUCCUCAGAUGAGCUGGCAACGCAUUGAAUAGACGCUGCAUUAUCGAUGCUGGUGCGUAGUGGAUUAAUG